CAGUCUUAUAGUAACAUGUCUUUUGAUGCUUUGUUUUUUAUCCAGAUGCUAGAUGAAAAUCAUCAUUUAAUACAGUGUAUUAUGGACUAUCAGAGCAAAGGCAAAACGGCAGAAUGUACCCAAUACCAACAAAUCUUGCACAGAAAUCUGGUUUACUUGGCAACAAUAGCAGACUCAAACCAGAACAUGCAGUCGUUGCUUCCUGCUCCACCAACGCAAAACAUGAACUUGGGCCCAGGCGGAAUGACUCAGAGCGCAUCCAGCCAGUCCCUCCAUUCACAGAGCAAUCUCAGCGAUGCGAUUGGGACAGGCCUUCCUCCCUCCUCCCUCAUGCAGAGUCAGAUUAGCAAUGGUCCCAGUCAUGUGUCUAUGCAGCAGUCAGGCCAGAAUACCAUGCCCACCACCUCCUUGAGCAUGACUGUCAGCAGUCAUGCCACGGGGCCUGGUUACAGCCAUACAGUGCCUGCAUCUCAGAACGUGCCAAUGCAAGGCCAGGGGUCAAUAGGCAAUUAUGUUUCUCGAACAAAUAUCAACAUGCAGUCUAACCCAGUCUCCAUGAUGCACCAACAAGUGGCAACGUCACAUUAUAAUUCAGCACAAGGAGGGAGCCAACAUUACCAAGGACAGUCCUCCAUUGCCAUGAUGAGUCAGAGCAACCAAGGCAACAGCAUGAUGGGACAGCGACCCAUGGGUCCCUACAGAGCUUCACAGCAAGGUUCCUCUCAACAGUACAUGGGGCAGGAGGAAUAUUACAGUGAACAGUACAGCCAUGGACAAGGCUCGUCAGAGCCUAUGAACCAGCAAUAUUAUCCAGAUGGUCAUAGUGAUUAUGCAUAUCAGCAGUCAUCCUACACUGAGCAGAGCUAUGACAGGUCAUUUGAGGACUCUACACAACAUUACUAUGAAGGAGGAAAUUCUCAGUAUAGCCAGCAACAGGCAGGAUACCAACAGGGAGCUGCGCAACAGCAAACGUAUUCACAGCAGCAGUAUCCAAAUCAGCAAAGCUACCCAGGACAACAACAAGGAUAUGGUCCUGCACAGGGAGCCUCGUCACAGUAUUCCAGCUACCAACAGGGACAGGGGCAGCAGUAUGGAAGUUAUAGAGCUUCUCAGACAGGACCAUCUGCUCAACAACAGAGGCCUUAUGGCUACGAGCAGGGCCAAUAUGGAAACUACCAGCAAUAAAGGGACAUAUUCCUGUGUCAGAUUCAUUUCAAUAGUAUAUCCAUCUUUUGAACUGGAUGUACAGGCUGAUUCAUUGUAAUAUGUUGGUUAUCCCUUAGCACAAAGCAGCGUCUGUAUGUGAACAGUGUUCAUUUCAUGCUGGAUAUGAAGCAGUGCACUACUGGUAACAAGACAAUGCUUUAAUGGUUUGAUAUUUGGUGCUGUGUCUAGUACUGUAUGUUGAUUACAAUGCAGAAGUUUGUUUCCCCCCCCCCACCUCCCUCCCCAUUCUUGAUGUUUCUGAAUAGCUUUAGGGGUCAUUUGAUCACAGUUCUGUGCAUCCAGUUCUGGAAAAUAGCUAGGAGAUUCUGCAGUCCAGGAAAAUACUAAGACAGUCUCAUCUGUGCUCAGGCAGUUAUCCUAGUACAGGUUACAGACCUUUGUUUCACUGGAUGCAUUGCAGUUUACCUGUUUUAUAUGCCAGCCUCUGAAAUCCAUGGCUCUUAUUUCUGCCACUUUAAGGUAAAGGGACAGGUAUGCUCUUUACAUUGAGACAAUAUCCAUGCUAUAAGAUGAAAACAAAACUAACUAAAAUAAUAUUUAAUUGGCUGAAGAUACUCUGCACAGCAAAUUUGUAUCAUGGUUACAAGGCCUAAAUACCCACCUCUUUUUUAAUACAUCUAUAUACUAUUCCACGUUUUUGUAGUAAAUGGUACAGAAAGAUGAUCAAAACCCAUAUUCAAGAAAAUACUAAUCACUAGAGGCACCUUUUAUGCAUAGACAUAAAGCAAGGUAUGUAUCAUCAUGAACAAAAAAAUAAAAGGGAGCUUUGGAAUCUGUCAGUCUGCUAGACAUCAAUAUUGCUUCAUAUCGUGCUUGGCUUAGGAAAAAAACUGGCAAAAUUUCUGUCUGAAAUACACUAUUCCAGAUUUUAUAGCACACUUUGGUUCAUGCCAAAUUUCCCAAGCAGGUGGUUAGUUGCCCUUUUCAUUUCUGAUCCUUCCACUGCCUUCUUUACACUUUCCAGAAAGCAUUACACCUAUAAAUCAUCAGGAACUGACUUUCUGCAGCUCCUCAUUGCUUUUACUUUGCCCUACUCUAGCUUGAUAGAAAUAAUUCAGAAUCGGUGUGAAAAAUCCAUUUUUGUUUAAAGGGAACAUCUAUUACGCAUAUAGAAAGGGUAUUAAUACAUUCAGCUGUUAGAGGAAAAUCUAUAGAGGGAGAACUGAGAAAUACUGUAUGUGCACAAUGGUAGUUAAAAGCCGAUAUGAACAAGAAAAAAUGCAGUUCUUACUCAGUUUAAUGCUUCAUAAAAAUGAUGAUACAUUCAAAUUGAGAAAACAGUUUCUCUGUGGCUAAAGUGUUAAAGUGACCAAAAUGUAUGUCCCAUGUAUUUUUUUAAAUGCAAAUAUUAGCCUAAAAUUAAUUGGAACUUCUAGACUAUAGAGUUGAAUUAUACCCUCUAUGGAGUUUUUUUCCUUUUCUGUCUAAAUUGGCGUGUUUGUUGGUUUUUACAUUGUGGAGAUUUUACCUUCUGAAAGCUAAGACCUACCAAUAUAGAUGUCAUACUUUACAUUUUGAUUUUGCCAGGAAAGGCUAACUUUAUGCCUGGAUAGCUAAAUAGCUUCUUAUUAAAUGUUGUUCAAGCUGUGCCCUUGCUACAGAAGCACUUCUCAUUGCUGAUCAAGGACGUGGAAUUCACGUUUCGAGUUAGUCUUCAUUUCUCUUUCUUCCUGCUGAUGUUUGCCUGCAACCCUUAAGUAUCAAGAAAAGGACAGAAAAGGAAAAAAAAAAAAAAGUAAGUUUUGUUUCUCCAUAAGUGUUACUGUGACAGAUAGCUAGAACACAGUGACUCCUUUCCAGCUCGGAGAUGGCUUUUUACGUGGAUUUUGAAAGUGCAGAGAAAAGACGAGCAACAGUUAACAACACCAUGCGAAGCAGCAACGUGACAUCGGGUCCGCAAUGUCUUACAUUAAGAACUUCUUGAAUGUUGUGUAUAUACUGUAUCUGAAAGAGCACUUUGGAAAUAGUUUGUACAUUUUAUUUCCUAAUUUAUACAUGAUUUUCGGGGUGUUAAAAGAUUUCUAACGGCGAAUAACAGCCCGUUUAUUUAAUGUGCUGUCCAUUUUUAUGUAUCGAUGUGGAACAAAGUGAUGCCAGCGUUUGGACUCGU